AUGGCCGGGUCUGCAGUGCAGCGGUUCUGCGAGACCGCGCUGGAGCUGGGGCGGAGGAAGGCGCUGGACGGCGCUGCGCGCAGUGCGCCGGUCCUCCCGGGUCGCCGGAGCCCGCCCCCCCGCAGGUACGUGUUCAUCGCGCAGAAGAGUUACCAGGACAGCGAGACGGGCCCCGAGAGCUCCGUCAUUACCAAGGUCAAGGGCAUCACGGCGUCGGAGCGCAGGGUGUGGGACGUGGAGGAGUACGUGAAGCCCCCCGAGGGGGGCAGCGUGUUCAGCAUCGUCACCAGGAUGGAGGUCACCCCCUCCCAGGUCCUGGGAGCCUGCCCCGAGAGCUUACGAGUCCCCAACGCCACCUGCCACUCGGACGACGACUGCGUGGCCGGGGAGCUGGAGAUGCUGGGGCACGGUCAGCGCGGGGCCAGGACCUGCGAGGUGUCGGGCUGGUGCCCCGUGGAAGACGGGGCCUCUGUCAGUGAGUCCUUCGGGGCACGGGCCACUCCCUCCUGCCACCUCCUCAGGGGCAACAUCGCAGACCGGAAGGACCAGUACCUGAAGCACUGCACUUUCGACGAGGUCUCCGACCCCUACUGCCCCAUCUUCAGGCUGGGCUUCAUCGUGGACAAGGCUGGGGAGAACUUCACCGAGCUUGCACAUCAGGUGAGACGGUGCUGGGCAGCAGGCCAGGGGGGGGCCAUCAUCACCGGGGACUGUGCCCUGCCCCUGCCAGCGUCGGAGUGCAACCCUAAAUACUCCUUCCGGAGGCUGGACCCCAAGCAUGUGCCCGCCUCUUCAGGCUACAACUUCAGGUUCGCCAAGUAUUACAACACCAAUGGCACCACCACACGCACACUCAUCAAGGCCUAUGGGAUCCGCAUCGACGUCAUUGUGCACGGGCAGGCAGGGAAGUUCAGCUUGAUUCCCACCAUCAUCAACCUGGCCACAGCGCUGACCUCCAUCGGGGUGGGCUCCUUCCUGUGCGACUGGGUCCUGCUGACGUUCAUGAACAAGAACAAGGUCUACAGCCAUAAGAAAUUCGACAAGGUGGUGGACACACCUGGCCUGAGUGUAGAACAGAGGCUUCCCACCUCCGAGCCACCCCAGCAGGACCCAGCACCCACCGACCCCAGAGGCUUGGCCCAACUCUGAGCACCCUUUCCCUGCGGGCCCUGCAGUGGACCUGCGCCCUGCCUGGGCAUGAGAGAGGCUGUGCACCUGCACGGCACAGGAGCCAAAGGGCCCGUGAGAGGGAGAGGCUGCACUGCUGCCCAGGCUGCCCUCCUGCCCCACCCCAGCCCCCAGGGUGCCCAGCUGACCGAGGCACCUUGUCCCUACUGCCGUCACAGCCACCAAGAACCUGGGUCAGGGCUGUGCUGAGGGGGCUGCCUCUGCUCUUUGGGCCACAGGGCUGACCACUCCCUGGGCUCUGUGACCUAGGGCUCUGCCUGGGCCCUCCCCUAGUUCAGAACAUGCUGAGUCCAAUAAAGCAGUGAGCAGA